CCAACAUGGCUGACAGCGAAAAGGAGACUGAGGAACAGCUGAAGAGACGUGGUAUAUCAAAAGAUAAAGAUGUUUCAGAGAUUUACUUAGCGAACAGGGUACUUGAGGAGGUGGCAGACUUUGGAAAAUAUAAAAAUUUACAAAUUGUUUGGUUGAACGGAAAUAAGCUAAGGAAGUUGAACUGUUUUAACUCAAACUAUCAACUGAGAGAGUUGUACCUUCAAGACAACAUGUUAGUGGAACUGAAUGGCUCAUUACGGCACUUGACAUGCCUUCAAGUAUUAUUGCUAAAUGGAAAUCAGCUGAUAAAACUCACUGACAUUGUCCAUGAGUUAAAGGCCAUGCAUUGUCUAAAGACUCUUAAUCUCUUUGCUAAUCCACUAGCUCAGGAUUACGAUUACAGAAGUUAUGUCAUACAUCACUUACCCUCUGUUGAACUGCUUGAUAGGAAAGAAAUCACCAAAGCGGAAAGGGACAAAGCCAGGAAAAAAUACGAUUCACAUCGAGAGAUGGUGAAACAAACAGUAGCUUUUGGUCGCCGAGCGGACGGUCCACCAAAGCAAGUCUAUCAUCCUCCACCCUCAGGGAUGCUGGAAAGCUUUUGUUUUGACGAAGAUGACGGCGAAGAACAGAAUGGUGAAGGAUCCGAUGAUGCCUUAAGUGACCACAAGGCCAUUCUAGAGGAAUCGAUGAAAAGGCGAGGUCUUGAGCGCUCCGUCAUGCAGUACUCCACAUUUGAUUGGUCUUCCAUUCCUUUGUCACAAGAAAGGAGACUUGUUCCAGAGAGCGUACCUGAUCAGCCGCGAAUUUUAACUGUCCGAUUUCGAUAACCUGUGCCAAACAACUACCCCCUCAGGAAAGUCGGACCCCCGUGCAGGGGUCUGCAGCUACUCCGAACCAACCCCUGAAAUUUCAUGCGAAAUUCACACAUUUUUUACUGCUCCCAGAUCCUCAUAGAUGCUUCCACCACAGCGCGUACUUUUCAUGCCCAUUGAUAGAUUUUUUGUUCCAUCGUUCCUGUGUUUCUUGUAAAUAUAAAAUGUGUAAAUAAAUUUA